AUGUCUGGGGCAGCUGCCCCAAAGGCUGCACUGGCUGUGUCUGCUCUGGAAACAGCCAACCUGGUGGACCUCUGCGGGCAGACGUGGCAGGGGGCCGGGCUGCUGCUGCACUCGCACUCCGCCUCGCGCAGGUUCUACUUCGUGGCCCCGGACACCGACUGCUGGCUCUGGAUGCGGGCGGCGGCCGCCGGCGACAGGAUUCGAUUCCAGUUCCGCUUCUUCCUGGUCUACGGCUUGGCCGGGGCGGCGGGGGCGCCCCCAAUGUCCCCGGCGUCCAACGCCUCCUCCCCGGCGCCGGCCGACCGGUGCGCCCCCGGGUCCUACCUGCAGUUCUACGAGGGCCCGCCGGGGGCGCCGCGGCCCCUGGGGGCCCCUCUCUGCGGCCUGACCAUCCCGGCGGCGGUGGCGUCCUCCGGGACCUUCCUGGGCCUCCGCCUGCUCACCAGAGGCCGCCAGCCCCGCGUGGACUUCGUGGGCGAUGCCACCUCUUUCCGGCUGGGAGCCUGCGGUGCCUACUUCCGCUGUCGGAAUGGCAGGUGCGUGCCCCCAAGCCUGGUGUGCGAUUGCUGGGGCAUGGACAACUGUGGCGAUAGUAGUGACCAGGCUUCCUGGCCACCAGCCAACUGCAGAGGUCCCCCUCUGGUGCCCAGCCAGGCAGGAGGUACCGAUGGCCCUGUGUCCCAGACCCUGACACUCCCCUCAGCUUUCAGUUCUGCAGGAACCCUCCAGAUGGCCGCUCAGAGGACACCCAUCACAGGCCGGGGCCCUGAACAGCAGGGUUCCUGGCUCCGAGGUGUGGCGCUGGUCUCCUCGCUGGUCCUAGCCUCUGCUGGCCUCCUCGUGGGCCUCCUCUGGUGCUGUUGCUACUCCCACUGGCGGGCCUGGGGGGCUGGUGCCCAGGGCCUCUGCCCCAGCUGCACCAUCUGUUACACGUAUCCUGGCCAGGUGACUCCUGGGGGCCGCAGCCAAAUCAGUGGGGGGAUAUGGCCUGGUGUGGGCGGGGAGACCCUCUCAGUGCUGGGCUCUGCCUGGAUCAGCUCCUGGGAAGAGCUGGGGUAG